AUGGCUGCUGUAGAUGCCUUCUGGCUGGCGCUGGCUUUGGCCGGGCCCGGUAAUGCCGUGCUCAGAUACCCGGAUGGCGCGUUUGAAUCGAGAUAUCCGCUUCACAUAGAUGAGUGUGCAUUGCCUGGGCAGAAGCUGCGCCCUGAAAGUGUUUCCUGUCUUGGGCGACUUCGACAACAUCUGCUCGAGGACGGUGAUUGCAAUCGGGUAAUUUGUGACAACAUUGCUUCCUCAACACCCGUGGAGGUCUAUGCCAACGAGACAGAUUGGGCUCCUUUCAAGAACCUCUGUGGUCACUUACAGGAGUUGUUUUUAGGUGUUUUCGAUCUAGGGGUCAAGUUGGUUGAAAUCGGGAUGACCGAACAGGAUACUAAAGAGCUUUCGAGGCUUUCCAAGGUGUUUGCAACCUCACCGGGAGUUUCACCGCCUGAUUUGCAUGAAACGCCGGAAUAUGCGAAUACUACAAGGGCGGUGUUGCGCCGCCAUGCUAGCGCAGUGCUGGACAUUCUGUCGCAGGUCCAGACGUCUUCAGACGUGACUGCCGAUGAACUCCUGGAAGCAGCUGCUGCCUUGGCACGCAGGCUGCAACUUUUGAUCGAAAAUGUGUCCGCAACGCUGCUGUUGAACUUCCACCUUGCCCAGCUGGACCACAAUGGACGAGUCGUAGGACGAGAUCUGAUUCAAGAGCUCUAUGGCGAUGUGAAUUCAAUCCAAGUGGUGUUUCAUGAAAUUCCUGGGAAAAGGUGGGAUGCUCUUACAAACUUGUUAGACAAGCUUGGAGUUUCCGAGCAAGCAGUUUCUAUGGCAGAGAUCGGAGUAGAGGCUGCCAACACCAGCCAGCGGCUUUUGGAGCGCAACCCGCACCUGUCCUACCUGGGUGUUGAUCCGUAUGUGAACAACGAGGCCCUCUUCCUUGACGUGAACCAGCGCUUAUCACUUUUUCGGGAGUCAGGCCGCUUUGUGCUUAUGCGCAACACUUCUCUCAACGCCUCCUUGCGCGUAGCUGAUGGAUCGCUAGACAUGAUUUUCUUGGAUGCGCGCCAUGACUUUCAGGCAGUCAUUGAUGACAUUGCUGCAUGGAAGCCCAAGCUUCGCGCUGGGGGGAUCUUGUCAGGUCAUGACUUCAGCUGGAUGUUUCCUACAGUGGCCAUGGCAGUCUACAAGGAGACUUUAGCUUCUCCAGAGCGAACUGUCCAUUUGGCUCCAGAUGGAGUGUGGUGGCUGCAGCUGUGA